CGCCAUUUUGGGCUCAGUACGGAAGUAGGUGCAGGAACUUUUCUGUCUCGUGAAUGUCACCUGUUUCUGGUGUUCGGUCCGAGCUGCAGGAACAUGAGGGCGUCGUUAACGGUGCAGAGGUUAGCUGCCCUGAGCGGGGCUCUGGCGGUCACCGCCGGCGCUUAUGGAGCUCAUGGCUUCAGACUGAGUAACAGAGAUGAGUACCAGAGAGAGCUCUACAGCACGGCCAAUACCUAUCAUUUCUACCACAGUUUGGCUCUUUUAGGAGCCUCUCGAUGCAGGAAACCUGCUCUGGCUGGAGCAAUUCUCCUGACAGGCAUGGGCUGCUUCUGUGGUCCUCUCUACCACCAGGCUUUAACGGGUGAUCCCUCAUUUGGCAAGCUGGCACCUGUCGGGGGUGUGCUUUUCAUCGUUGGCUGGCUUGCCAUGGCACUCUGAGCUUUGACUUCCUGAUUGUUGGCAAUUACUUUCUGACAGAGUGUUUAAUUUGAGUGUAAAGAGCUGGAGAUAUGGCUGGAGGGUGGAGUUGAGUCAGGUCUGGAAGAUGAUGAUAAAGCUUUAUCAUGCUUUCCUUUUUACAGAAAAAAAAAUCCUUUAUACUGGGGGGAAAAAAAAGUCUUGAGUUGUGACAAUAUUGACAAUGAUGAUUAGUAGUUGGCAAGGUUCGUAUUACAUAGUGGCACAAAUCCUGUUUUUUCUGUCACGGUGACGUAGACUAGAGUUUUGUUUGUUUGUUUGUUUGUUUGUUUGUUUGUUUGUUUUUCAGAGCUGCAAAUCUAAUCUUCUCAAUCCAAUUUGAGCCAAUUUCCUUUGUAGUCCUAGAGCUGUUACAUAUCCAGGACAUGGCCACACAACCGGAUUUCAUGUUUUUGAAUUAUAUCAUAUUACUGUCCAACACAGGCAGCAUGCCAGCAGGGCCAUACUUUGAAAAAUUGGACGACUGCCAGUAAUAAUAGCAAAAACCUGAAAAACAUUGUCGCUAGCCUUUUUGCCUUCAUUCCAUAAUCAUGAACAGCCAGUGAGAUGCCAGUUGACCUCCAGAGCAGAGAAUCUUUAUAAUGAAGACUACUUGCUUGUUCAUUUCCCUAUAAUGGAUUGGCUCAUGCAUGUGAUCAUGAUUUCAGAAAUGUUCCAUUUACUUACUAAAAUCAACAAGUGGAUUGAUUCUGGACAAAAAAAAAAAGUAAAAUAAUAUUUGAACAAAAA